AUGAAUUUUACUUUCAAUGAAGUGUUAGACUGUAGAAAUUAUACAUACGAAAAAUUUGGGUUGUCACACCACCCAGCAUCAUCACCAUCAUCCACCAUCACCAACCACGACCAUUAUCCACUACCACCACCCCCACCACCAACCAUCACCACCACCCACCACCCACCAGCCGCCACCACAAACCCCACCCACCAACCCCACCCACUAGCAUCACCACCACCACCCACACACCAUUACUAUCCACCUCUAGCACCCAUCACUACCACCCACCCACCCUAUAACCACCCUCUGCCACUACCACCACCCACCACCCAUCACUAA